AUUGCCUGGCACCCUAUGUCCUCAUCCUCCACUCUAGGCUCUGUACACGACUCAGUGCAUCGCGCGCCCCGAUCUCGCCAUGUCACUAGCAUCCCACCCUGCCAAGGCUACUAUUGUUAUAGCGUCAGCUACGACCCACGUCUACAAGACCAGACCCUGAUGUUGGCCGUGGGAUCUCAAACUUCCAUGCACUUCCAAACAAUCGAGCUGCUCGUGGUCCGCAUCUUCCCUUUCGCCCCCUUGCUUCUCCCACGGUCGAGGAACUUUCCACGCACGCUUGGUACUGUAUGCAAGUCUCGUCAUCCAGAUACGACCGUGCGAACGUACGUCUACAGUGGUUCAGUCGCUAUACAAGAUUUAGGGCCGCUCUUGGCCACACCAACGCCACGCCAGUCCGCAGCGUUCCUUCCGCGUGGUCGAACAUCGGCACCCCACAUUGACUACUUCUCGAGAAAAUCCCAUUCAGCGGGCAGGGUGAAGCGAAAAGGGCUGGUCUAACAAAGCAGUGCAACUCCAAAUCACUGGAAAAACUGCCCUUGGCACGGCUGUAAUACCACGCAUCUGGACUGGCGUUUGAAAAGCCAGACCAGCUUCGCCCGUCAGCCCACUACUUCCUCAAGUUAUAUACA